AUGUCAACUAGUGAAACAUCAUAUUGGAGAGUUGAUUUUCUUCUUGUAUUAUAUGUGGGUAUUUUACAUCUAUCAAAUACAAAAGGAGACAUUCAGCCAUUAAUUCCAGGAAUCAUGGUAUUCGGAGACUCUAUUGUUACAGUCGGAAACAAUAACCACCUCACAACCGUUGUACAAUCAAACUUCCCUCCAUACGGUAGAGACUUCAUGAACCAGCUCCCCACUGGUCGCUUUUGUAACGGAAAACUCGCCUUGGAUUUCACUUGUGAGAACCUUGGAUUACCAAAAUACCCUCCUGAAAUACUAAACAAAGAAUUAGCUAAAGGGGAGAAUCUCUUAGUUGGAGCCAACUUUGCAUCUGGUGGCUCGGGAUAUUAUGAGACCACUGCCAGGCUAUAUAACACGAUCCCAUUGAGCAAGCAAGUUGAGUAUUACAAGGAGUACCAGAUAAAGCUGGUGGAUGUUGCAGGGUUAUCGAAUGCAACUUCAAUAAUCAAAGGUUCAAUAUACCUUGUGAGCGCUGGAACUAGCGACUUUGUCCAAAAUUACUAUGUCAAUCCAUUCCUAUACGAAGUCUACACACCUUACCAAUUUUCAGACAUCCUUAUACAAGCCUACUCCCAUUUCGUCCAGGAACUAUAUAGGCUAGGAGCAAGAAAGAUCGGAGUGUCGACAUUGCCACCAAUUGGGUGCCUACCAGCAUCUAUUACACUAUUUGGUAAAGGUUGCAAUGAAUGUGUCACAAAGAUGAACUCGGUAGCCCAAUACUUCAAUAAAAAGCUCAACGCCACAUCUAAUAUACUAAAGGCGAAACUCUCAGGCCUUAAUAUAGCGGUGCUCAAUGUCUACAAACCUCUUUAUAACCUGAUUCAGAAACCUAACGAUUUUGGGUUCUUUGAAGUACGGAAGGCGUGUUGUGGUACAGGUUUGCUGGAGACAUCGUUUCUAUGCAAUGAGAAGUCACCAGGGACGUGUGCUAAUGCCACGGGAUAUAUUUUCUGGGAUGGGUUUCAUCCAUCGGAGGCAACAAACAAGAUCUUGGCAAACGAGUUGCUCCUCGAUGCCAUGUCUCUUUUGUCAUGA